ACAUGUAUGUUGAGUAAAGCUCUGGAGUCUCUGGUGAAGCCCUCUGUGCAGCUGAUGAGGAAGUGCCUUCCUAAAACUCCUCUACCACUGACAUCAGAUCAGUCUGCAUACACCUUCCCCCUACCUGGAAGACCUCAUACUGUCCCUGAUAUCGAUGUGACUCCAGAUGAGAGCAGUGAUGAGAAUGAUGAUGAGGAGGCUGAAAAUAACAAAGAGACAGACUAUGUAAGUGUGUGGCUCUAUGUGGCCCUAUAUGCAUGUUGGUGAUGGGCACAUCAGUUCUUUUCAGAAUACUGAAUCACUAUGAAUGGAGCUUCAACUGUGUGUCCCAAUCACUGAAGUGAAAGACGACUGAAUGUUCUGUUCAGCUUGCUAAGUGAACUGAGAACACUCAUUCAUGAACAAUAAGUCAUUGAGCUGAGAAUUUAGGUAGAUAAAGAUACCAACCUGCAAACUCACGUUUCAGUAAGCCAGAUCAUUUGGCUAAGCUCAACACUAAGAGAUGGCUCUUUCGGCUCCCAAACAACUUUUCAUUUAGUACCACAUCUGGUUCUCUUUUAUUAUAGUAAUAGCCACAUUUAUCAAUCUUCACCCGUUAUUGGUAUGUGUGCAUGUAUUUGCCUUAAAUAUUCAAUGUACUAAACCAUAUAAUUUUCAGAAUACCAUUGCAAGGGGUUAUACUACUUAAUAAUAAAGGUAAUUAAUCACUGGUGAUUAAUAAUACACUUGUAAAUGGGGCACCACCUCCGUUGUUUAGCUACUGGAAUGAUCCGGA